AUGCCAGCAGCCGAGGGCAUCAUCUUGAUGCUGGAGUCGCAAUUCGACGCCGACACAAUCCCUGAAGCAGCCGUAGCAGCCGCCGACACAAGCGACGCGUCCGAUGAUGAGCGAAUUGUCGACGUUUACGUUCCGUCUUAUCUUGGCUCCCAGUUCUGGGUAUCCUAUACAAUAAACCCAGCCAUGCUCGCGCCCGCCCACGCGCCGACAAAGUACAUGUUCUUCAAGCUCAUCCUCGACGACGAAUGCAUCGUCAGCUGGGGAGUCGGAGAAGCAGACGAGUGGAAAGGCAAGACCAUGUGGGCGUUUUUCCGAGGAGAAGACCAUGGAGGUUGGCGCACUGUCGAAAAGCGCUCUUUCUUCUUUCGCCCUGCAGGUGACGACCAGGAUUUUGACAUCCUCGCAUACCGCGCCAGGGGUAGACGCCGAACAUGCAGACAAUUCGACGAGAUGCCUCCCGCCGGCGAGAAGGGCUUCGACUUGGUCAACUGGGGUCGCCUCAAGGAGCAUCACCCUCAGACAUUCUACCAGUAUGCUCUCCUGGAUCCACUUGAUCAGCCAUACGCUACCUUCCGCUAUCAUGUACGAGGAGGACCCCAUGUCCACGCACAUCACCCCGACCAGGACCUUGAACGAAGCAACAGCAGCAUUUCCAGCGUCAGCACAAACGAACAGAUUCCUGAGAUCCCGGAGCACCUUCCAGACGCGUCGCAGCUUCGCAGACUGUCCUACCCGCCAGCCAUCAGUCUCGUACCCACCUCCUCACGCACCGAGCCCUCUUCGCCAACAAAGUUGGACCCAGAGAUAUCCGUCCCCUCAGAGCUGGACAUGUCGAUCCUAGACCCAGAACCACCCACGAUGGACGAGCUUCCCCCAGAGUCAGAACGUCCUUCCAGUGGAGCAUCACCGCCAGAGAUCUCGGAGUACGGAGGACAAGAGCGCUUUAGCAGUGUGGAGACAACCACUCGGAAGCACUUGGUGCAAACGCCUACACCUCUGGACGCUGAGCAGCGGGUCACGCAAACACCACCAUCAAGCCUCAGAAAGCGCAGUGGAGCAAAGAUCAAGGAAUGGUUUGGAAGCCUUUCUAAGAGAAGAGCUACCAGAUCAACAUCCCCUAUUCAUCCGUCCUUGUCACACAAGACCAGUUCAGCAUCCCUGUCAUGA